CAUAGUAAUAUGGAUUUCCACUGAAAGCAAAAUUGGUUUUGUUUCUUAUAUCUACAAAAUAUUUACUAAUUGAAAAUGAAAUAAGAAAAAUGGAUAGUGGGGACAAGAGAAGGUACCUUGUUGUUGGAUCAGUUAUACUUGAAAUUGUUUCUCCCCUUCUAAGAAAGAGGCUAGAAGACAACUACAAAAGUAAAGGAUUUGGCUGUUUGCAAGAUUUCACCAACAGUCUUCCUGUCAAACAUAUCCUAUUUCAUUUGCGUCACAAAAAUAGCACAUGCUGUGUUAAUAAAACUAAUUGUGUAAACCAGCAAUCCCUUCCUCUGAACUAUAGCCAGUGGAAUCUGAUUUACACUGCAGGAUCAAAGAAACAUAACUGUCAUUGCAAAUACACAGCCAACCCUAUUUCCUUGAAUGAUCUUGACCUCACUUUGUUAACUUUGAUUUUACUGAGUUGCUGUAACCUGUCAUCAAAUGAAGGUACGCUGAUUUCUCACCUCCGUGAAUUCAAGAACAACUAUCUCAGCCACAACACACAUGGUGCCAUAUCUGAGACUGAAUACAACACACUCUGGACAGACUUGACAACAUAUGUACUAAAACUGGACCCAAGUAAACAAAAUGACCUUGUUAUAAUACAAAACAGACCAUUGGACAGCUCUCUGUGUGAAAAAUAUGUAACAUGUCUUCUUGAUGUACAUGUAAUACUUGAGAAGAUUGAAACAAAAAUGGAUGCAACAGCUGCUGAAAUAUGGACAAAAAUUGGCAAUAGUACUGCUGAAUUACUGGCUACAAUGGGUAUCAAUACUGUUAUGUUGAUGGCUAAAAUAGAGGAGAUGUUACACCAUAGGAUCUGUCAGAGAUGUAAAAGAAACAUUAAUGACCAAGACAAACCGGGAGGACCUAUACAGCCAUAUAAACUAGGACAGUCAAUCUUUACACUACAUCAUCAGACAGACUUGACAUCAGUGCUUGCUCAUGACUGGUUGUUUAGCUUGAUCGGAGGAUUUGUACCAGAUAUAGUGAUGAUGGAUGAUGGUAGACUGGUGAUACGUUUACCUCACCAGAACAGAAUUCUAAUCUGUAAUACAGAUGGAUCAAAACUAGACUGUAUUCAUGUACAGGGUCAACCACUUUAUGUGACAGCAUUCAACAACUCUACAGUAGCUGUUACACUAGACUGGAAAGAGUGUAUAGAGAUGUAUGACAUUAACAGUAAACUCAAACUUAAAUCAAUACCAGUACCUGAAAUGAGGUGUGUAAGUGACAUUACAACUAUAAACAACAAGUUAGUUGUAUGUGGUGACAACUGUCUACAGAUCAUAGAUGAUCAGACAGGAGAGGUGGUACAGACAAUACAGACUGACCGUCAUCCUUUCAGGGUACAUGGUUCUGGUGACAGAAUAUUCUACUUUGAUCACCCCAUCAAUAACAACAAGACGAUGUACUGGUACAGUUAUACUGAUGAGAGACAUCACACUCUUACAUUACCCUCACCACCCAGGGGUAUCACUACACUACAAGAUGAAAGCCUGUAUGUGGGAUGUAAGGAUGAAUCAGUACAACAUGUGUCUGCUGAUGGUAAACAAUAUAAAACUGUUACAACAAAGGGAAUGAAAGAACUGAAAUGUCCUUGGAUGCCAUAUAAUUCAAAGCAAAGAAAACUCGUCAUACUAGGUGACCAAAUGAAAAUAAUCAAAGUAUUCCAUGAAAAUUAGUACUGUGUAACAGUCUUGCAUUAACAUUUAUAAAUUAUUAUACAUAAUAUACUUUUAAAAAUAGAACAUUGUACUUAAUGAACUCAUUAGUACUCUGCUUUGACAUUACAUUUGCUGCUGAGAUUCUUUCAUCAAUUUCUUUCUAAUUUUGUUGUAAAAAUCUUGAUUUGCAAUUUUAAAUUAUCCAAAAUCUGGAUGGACUGAUAUUAGUAUGUAUUACACAUCCGUUGUUAUGAAGAAAAUUUAUUCGAAAAAGUCAAACUUAAACGAUAUGUCAGAUCCAGAGCCAUGUUACCAUAGGCUAUGUAUAUAUAUUGAAGUUUUCAUACAUUUAGUUAAGAGUAAAAUCUAGUGGGGGUUCUUUAAGGGUAUAAUGGUUCAAUUUAAAUGAGGUUUAUGAUUAUUAGUAGUUUUAGUAAGUUUUGUAUUCUGAAUUAACCAAAUGUAAUUUAAAAGAAAAGAACAAUACCUUUUCGCUUUUAAAAGUAACAAAAAAUCUAUUUGCUAUAAUAUUACUGCUACUUAAGAAAAUCAAACUUUGGAAUAUCUGUAACCAAGGUGCUGAUGUCAGGGUAAAAGUUAUUUUGAGGGGGUAUAUCUAUUAAAAAAAUGUUGUUGUAUAUAGUUAUUAGAACACUAUAGGGACAAGGGCUUCGUUUUUUAAAUUGUGACUUCUUUAAUGAGCUGAAUAUAGUUUUAUACAAAACAUAAAAAAGACUGAUGUCUAUUCAAGUAUAAAAAGAAACUGUGAAUAGAAGCCUAAGUUUCAAUAUUUGCUUUACUUCUAUAAAUUUUUAAUGCAGUAUGUUUCAAUUGGCAUAUUCGGUGAUAUUUUGCUUUGUUCACUGUUUUCGUCAGAAGAAUUUUCGAUAGAAGGUCAUUUAAUGUUUAAUUAGUUUAACUAUUAACACUUAACAUUUUAGGUUAGUUUCAUAAUUUACCAGUGAUGAUUAAUUCUACUUUGGAGUUCAAUUUUUACUUAUUUGCAUGUAGUAAGUGAAUGCUAUGAAAUAUAUGUAACAUUGAAUAUCAAAAUUACUACUGCUUUACACAUUGGUUUAGCUGCUUUAAAUAUUUUUGAUAAAGGUGUAUCUAAUAAUUAAGUGUUGACUUUGGUUUUUUUAAAUCAAAGCCCGAAAGAACUUAUUUUGACUGUAAUCAACACUUGUAAUUAUAUAUUUCCAUAAACUUGGGAAAGGUCUUUCGAUUGUGAUCUGAUAAUGUUUUUUUACUCCACCUGUUUGAGUUGGAUUUUAUAUUCUCUUGCAACACACGGAAGAGAUUUUUGACACAUGAUUUACAGUGAUUCAUUUUUUUACCAUUGACUCUG